ACGAUGCUUGAAGCAUUAAAAAAAAAACAUUAAAGCAAGAAGUCUCGCACUGUUACAAAACACAGAACCCAUGUAUUGUACCAUCUUGCAGAAUCGCAGAAAACAUUAGAUAUAGAAGGUCUACCUUAUGGCUAUGUGGAAAUAAUGCACAGCAGGUAGAGACAAACGGCAAUAAAACAUGGAUAAAUGGAAACGAACGUAAAUCGACAUGGAUAAUCGGGAAUAAACGCGUGGACAUGAUGCGUCCUGGUUAAAAGUUGUGGUUUACACGGACGGUGGCUAUUCUGCUCUCUGGUGGGAGAAGUGAUAGUCUUUACCGGGGGAUACCACCGCGGCACAUUAUGUGGCUAUGGUGGAAUCAGUCACUGGCGAGUUGUGGGUGGUGACUAGUCGCCGAUUCGUCUUCGAACGCGAUUUCAGUAUUGCUGAAAAAAAAUCGUUAUACGGACACGUGACAUUCGGCCGUGUGAAAAUAAUAGUUUAAUUGUAUAGUGACUCUGCGAAACGAUCGCGUGCGAGCAAGAGUCCCGGCGAAGCAGUGUUUGCGAAAAUCGGUAUCAAACCGUUUAAUCGGAAGACCAUUGUCAUGGUGGUGAGAUUAGUCUGAGUUAUUAUUUAAUGAAAACAAUUGUCAUUAAAGUUGCUAAAUUUCUAUCUAUUGUUAACUAUUUUUUAGUGUCAUUUCUUUCGACGACGAUAUAAAACUCGUAAUUUCACGAGUGAAAAUUUGACGAAAGUUACUGAGAUACGUAAAUACCUACACUGGGUGAAGUCGAUCUUGAAAUUCGUUACCGAACCGGAAGUAGUUUGCUAUUGAUUGUUAACGUGAAAAAAAGAGGGAAGGAAAAAAUAAUAAUAAGGAAUUGAAUCGGUAACUUUCGUUUCUUGGUAUAACUCGUGAAAAACGCACGCGUCGCCGUUAUCUAAGUUCAACAGAAUUGGGUUAUAGUAAAAAGUGACAUCGGGCGGACUCGAUCGCUCUCAAGGAUCGAAGGAUCGAGUCGCGCCAAUCGUGGGAAACGUGCAGGAUCAAAAGUCUAGUUAAUACGGAUUAGCGUUCUGUAGAGUGGCGGCCGUCGGGUCGGCGCUACCAGGUUGAAUGGUCGAAACCGAUCAGAAGUCAUUGGUACCGAAUCUUGCCGCCCGCUGACAACGGGACCAGCGUGAACCGGGGACAAAAAGAAUCCGUCGCUCGAUACAAAGUUGCCUUAAGUGUCUAAAAAAAAAAAAAAUUCACCAAUAUCGUACCCAGACAAUAAUCCAAAAUCGGUAGUGUCUCGUGAUGCGAUUACAAAGAAGAACAAAAUUUAUAAAUUAAUGUGAGCGCGCAUUGGCGCGCAAAAAAUACCGUCGCGACGUCCUCGUACGAAUCGGCGACACAAAGUGCCAAAGAAGAUCGAACGUGGAAGAAAAAAAAAAGAGUUUAUCGGGAUGUCGAUAUAGGUGAUUGCCUGAAGUAUGGUGAAGUCAAUGUGUUCCGUGAGUAGCUGAGAAAAAGAAAAAAAUAAAAAAAAAGUGGCAAAAGUGUAAUUCACAAAUUUAGUGGAUUAUUUCGGUUCGCAAGAAAACAAAGUCCUAAGGUUCCCAGCAAAAUAGAGUAUCCCGGGAGUAGUGGUAUGUACGGAGGUGGAACCGGUGGUAGCGCUGGUUAUGGUGGAGUCGGUUUGGGUCCUGGACCAGGCCCUUCUCAUUAUGUACCGCCACCAGCACCGGGCCUUGCUUAUCAAUUGGGCCCACCGCCGCCUCCUCCGCCACCUACUGUUGCUGUACCCACAAGCGGAAGUCAGCUACUCUCUUACGCCCCCAAUCUGUCGCCCCAUCAUAUUCAACAGCCGCAGACGGAUUCGCCCCAGAGCAAAAGAAGAAGAUCCGAUGAGGACGACCCAAGCGGGGGGAAAUACAGAAGAAUGGAGGACGAUAAUAUGCAAGACAAGGAAAGGUUCGCAAGCAGGGAGAAUCAUUGUGAAAUCGAGCGACGGCGGAGGAACAAGAUGACCGCGUACAUCACCGAGCUGUCCGACAUGGUGCCAACUUGUUCAGCCCUCGCACGAAAACCGGACAAGCUGACUAUCCUGAGGAUGGCCGUGGCUCACAUGAAGGCCUUGCGCGGUACCGGCAAUACCAGCGCGGACGGUACCUACAAGCCGUCCUUCCUUACCGACCAGGAACUUAAGCACCUCAUCCUCGAGGCUGCCGAUGGCUUUCUCUUCGUCGUCAGCUGCGACACCGGGAGGAUCAUUUAUGUUUCGGACUCGGUGGCGCCUGUUUUGAAUUACUCCCAGAGCGAGUGGUACGGCAGCAGUCUUUACACCCAGGUUCAUCCUGAUGAUACUGAGAAAGUCAGGGAACAGCUGAGUGCAGCCGAGCCCCAGCAUGCUGGCAGAGUUCUGGACCUCAAGACUGGAACCGUCAAGAAGGAGGGUCAUCAAUCAUCCAUGAGACUCUGCAUCGGCGGCAGGAGAGGAUUUAUCUGUCGCAUGAAAGUUGGAAACUUGCAAGCCACUGGAGACAUGGCUGCGGCGCAUGGGCUUCAUCGUAUGAAGCAAAGAAAUUCCCUAGGUCCGCCCGCACGGGACGGACAGAGUUAUGCCGUUGUGCACUGUACGGGUUAUAUAAAAAAUUGGCCACCUACCGGUGAUUUUGUUCCUCCAUGUGUACCAAGUCUGGGUUUAGGUGAUAGAGGACCUGGAGGUGUUCAAGCUGGGCCCGACGGUGUUGUCGGGGAUGACAGUGGCACAACUCAUUGCUGCCUUGUCGCCAUUGGGCGAUUGCAAGUUACUAGUACGCCAAAUACUAGCGAUUUAACGGGAUCCAAUAGCAAUAAUGAAUUUAUCUCUCGUCACUCCUCUGAAGGUAAGUUUACCUUUGUGGACCAAAGGGUAGGCGGAAUUCUAGGGUACACACCUUCGGAACUCCUGGGUCAUGCCUGUUACGAAUUCUUUCAUCCAGAGGAUUUAACCCACAUGAAGGAAAGCUUUGAGCAAGUGUUGAAAAUGAAGGGACAGGUAGUGUCUGUGAUGUAUCGAUUUCGAGCUAAAAGUCGAGAUUGGGUAUGGCUGAGAACCUCGGCCUUUGCAUUUUUAAAUCCGUAUACCGAUGAGGUCGAGUACAUUGUUUGUUCAAAUACGACAGCUAAAUCGCUACAUCCCAGUACCGACGGACAGACAGAGAACGAAACUGUUCCUGGAUACGGACAACCUGGCUUGGAUUAUUCACUUCAGAGACAUCCGGGUAGAGAUCCCAUUUACCCGGCGCAUCAUAUGAUGCAACAUCCGGCGACAGUGGCAACCGCUGGUCCGCAACAAGCGCGACCUUCCAGCGCUCAAAAUGUUUAUCAGGGAUAUGAGACCACGCAGUCUCCUAUUGGAUAUGGCUCGCCUGGACAACAGAGUGCAUCAUCGUCAGUUUUAAAUAGAAUUCCAAAGCCGGCUAACACCUCGCCGACACCUGUGCAACAGGCGUGGAGUAUUGGUCGGCAGCAACCGGUCACUGAGGGAUAUCAGUACAGUCAAUUGAGUCCGUCAAGAUCACCUAGUGGACCCACAUAUACUCAACUUAGUAGCGGAGCCAGAACACCAGCAGCGCAGUACCACGCCGUCACCACAGUCCCGAGUAAUCCAGGUAUGUGGGGAUGGCAAGGACAGCAGCACCAGGCAGCUCAGCAAGAUACUGGACAAUCAAACUCCCAAGUGACCGGUCAGCCGCAGCCGCCCCAUGCUGCACAACCUGGUCCUGGGCCACAACCUCAGGAACUCUCGGAUAUGUUGCAGAUGCUGCAAGACCAGGGUGGCGCGUCUGGUUUCGAGGAGUUAAAUAUGUUCAAUACCACCUUCGAGUAGCACUAGAUCAAAUGCAAUUGACGAAGGUUCUGUACCACGAAUUUACUUUGAGGUUCAUACAGAUACAAGUUUCUUUAUCACGAAUUCUGUAUAAAAGCCCACGAGUAUCGGUCGAGUACACAUAGUGGUAGUCAAAGGCUAAUUUGGACGUAUAAUUGUAAUGUUUUUCAAUUGUCGAACCUUGGAAUGAGGUUUAACAAUAGGCCCCUGCGUAGCUUAAUAUUAUAAGACAAAAUAUGUAUAUGUUCGAUGAGUUGAAGAUUUAUUCGAAGAACAUAUUUGUAAGUCACAAGAUCAUUCGUAGCACUUGAGUUUGCCGAUCAGAUGAUCUUUGUCUCGUUCUAAUCGUAUUUCAGAAUAUCUGGCAAAUCGGGAUAGGGAUAGUCUGAACGAAAAGAAGCAAGGAAGUGCGCGAGACAAGAAAAAAUACAAACAUAUUUUUCAAACUUCCCAAUCACGUUUAACAUAGGUCAUCGAUACUUUUAAUACAAGCUUUUUGAUAGACGUAUAAGAUUUAACUUCGAUAUUUUAAUUUAGGUUUUUGUAAUUAUAAACAGUGCAAUCAUUAAUCAACACUCAACAUAAAAUUGUUCAAACUUGACGAUGUACAAAAUUUAUGUAACUCACUUCGCUUCUACUCGUGCAACACACACACUUUUGGGUAUUCUUAAAAGGAUAGGGAAAACAAAAACAAACAAAAAUAUAGACAAUGUUGCGUCGAAAAACAAUUGUAUUUAUAAGUGAUCACGCGUGACUCGUUGCAUUUGUAUAUGUUUAGCACGUUUUAGAAUGAUAAAAAAACCAUAGCAUAUCAUGAGAAAAUGGAAACACUUUUUCACUAAUAUAUGGGGAAUAUAUAUAUAUAUAUAAAUAUAUAUAUAAAUACAUACGCGUAUAUACAUACAUAUAUGAAUUUUGGGAAUCUAUGAAAAAUUUUAAUCUUCUUUCGAGCAGCAUUUUAGGUACUUAUCCUUUUGUCUUGUCGACAAUAAUAUUUAGCACCUAGAUUUCAGUGAGGUUAUCGAUGUUUGUAUAUACAAUCAGGUAAAAUUACGUGAAAAUACGAGUUUUACCAUUCGAGACCCACUGAGUGAUGUUAUAAUUUUGUAAUUCUUUAUCCAUGACCUAACGUAAUAUUAUUUUCAAAUGCCAGUAAGGAAAUAUUACGAGAAAUGACGAAUAUCACGAAAUUCGAUACAUACUUAGAAAUAUAGUCACUGCCUGUAAUGUUGAAGGAACAAUCUAUGAUUCAAGAGAA